AUGCCAGUUACAGUGGUUGAGGGCCCCAAAUCCGGCUCAAAUCGGUCGGAGGUCUGGAAAUAUUUCACCGAAACCGUUGGUGGGGCCAAAUGUAAACUGUGUGGCCAGUUAAGGGUCCGGUCGGAUAAGAGCACCAAAACAAUGCACGAUCAUCUGCGGACCGCGCAUAAAGACGUCUCUUACCAGAAGGCAUAUCCGAACCGAAAACCUCAGAGAAUCGUCCCCAAUGUUCGGCCGCCGAAAGUAAGCGUUUAUUCUCAUUUUUGGAGGUGUUUGUUUUAUAUUGGGUAAAUUUACUGUUUUGAUUUUUGGCACGCAAUGUCUGUUUUUAGUCAAUAUCCGAGAGUAAAUCUCCUGUUGUGUCCACGGCCGUCCAUCAGACCCGGAAAGUUGAGUUGGACGCCGACAGACACGUUCUUUGUCUGAUCCUCCGCUGCAUGGCCGACUUUGACGCGGUUCUCGCGUCUCCUGAAUUCCAAAGCUUAAUGGCAGCAUCGUAUCCCGCUUACAAAGUAAGUUCUUCCAUCUUUUUUAUGUUCGUGUUUAGAUGAAGUCUCGAACACACUAUGGUUGUAUCGUCAGCGAAAGGGAAUCUAAUCGUAUCUCAUAUCCAGUAACGCCAAAAAAUAAAGAAUUCUUCUCCCUGACCGCCGAUUGGCUGGCUAGCGACUUCGACAACCUUAUUACGUAAGUCGUUUUAUAGAGUUCAAGGACAUAAUAAUCAUUUAUCUAGUGUAAUAUAAUGAUAUAUGGAUGACAUAAUUAAUGAAAGUGCAUUUUAGUUUCUCCUCCCACCAUCUGACGGACGAAUACAAGGAUGUGAGCGGGAUCUUGUUUUCAAAUUCCUUUGGUCCUUCCACCUCAGAUCUUGAUGUCGCCGAAAGAUUACGACAAAAGCUGAGGGAAAUGCAUGUUGAUAUCAACAAGUUGGUCGCAAUAUGCCAUAACGGCAGCUUUGUAAAUAUCUCUCGCCUUUUGAAUGUAAAUAGGUAUGUGAUUGUGAUUAUGUGAUGAUUUGUUUUCAUUGUCUGCAGCUUUGAAUGUGGUGCAAGAGUUAUAUCGCGAGUGGUUCAGAGGGCUCUGGAUGUGGAAUGUGUACAGUUUAUGAUCACUCGCGCCCGAAAUCUCAUCGAGAAUUACAAGAAACAUUCGAAAACAAAAACGUUCUUUCACGACCGAUUUAUGCGGAAUGUAAGUUGUGUUAUAUUACUUGAUUUGUGUCAUUCAGAGUUGACGGUUGUAUCAAUUCCGGUUUCAGGACAAUAAUUGGGUCCGAGUCUGUGAAUUACUGACGGCUUUGGUCACAAAUUCGGAGACUUUGAACGCGCUGGCGGAGGAAUUGAGUAAAAAAGAGACGACUACACGGUUAUGUCUGGACGAUGAGGAGGCAGAACUGUUCUCCCACCUCUCGAUAAUCAUGCUCACAUUCAGGGAAGAGGCUAUAAGAGUAAGGCAAAAUUCAGUUUCAUUACGGAUGCGAUUUAUAAUUUUUUGAUGUAAUAAUAGCAUUUAUUUUUUUCAGCUCUCUAAAGAUUGCGCGUCGGCCUACUUUCCGACUUUUCUCAAACUCAAAUCCUUUGUGGAUUGUUACCAUCACACAGCUGGAGGAGUGAUCGAAGUGUUUGUCAACACAAUCCGACAAGAACUCGCCUAUAUUUGUGAACAAAUCCGAGUGAACAAGUUCCUCAUGUUGUGCACAGUGGUUGAUCCCCGGUUCAGAAAUCGACCAGAUUGCAAUGGACUGGAUUGGGUCAACUUGGAAGGGGAUUUCUUGGAUUUUGCAUUGAAUUGUGCCCUCAAAGUACAGCCGCAGGUGGAGAGAAAAGAAGAACCGGCUACGCAUUUCACACAAAUGUUCGAAUUAAUGAUAAAUCAAGUGGACAAUCAACAACAGGACAAUGGAUGCUUAAAAGUGGCUCCGAAAGAAGUGAAGGAGGUGGUUGCGGAGGUCACAAAAGAUGUUGUAGCCUCAGAAGAGAAGAUGGAAGAUCAUAAACCCUCGCAGAAGUCGACCAAACCCAUCGAUAUCUGGAGGAAUAUCCCGUCGAUGAGGGAAGAGAACGAUCUCAACUUCAGACUCUCCUUUUCGGUGACCUUGAAGUGUGAAUUGGAUCAGUUCUCGAAGAUGGAAUGCAUAGAACGGAAUUCUUCCCUCCAGGAUUGGUGGAAUAUACAUUCAAAUGAGUUCCCACGCCUCCGCAGAUUCGCGAUUAUCCUCAAUUCGAUCCCUGCCACGGCCAUUUGUUCCGAUCAACUGUUCGGCCCCGAGGCUACCGUUUAUUCGUCGAAACUCAUGAAAUGGUAGGGCUUUGCGAGAGAUUUUUUAUAGUAUAAGAUAGUAGAUGUCUUUCAUGGAGUUUUGUUUCGAACUCAUAGCUUGUAAUUUACUUGUCCAACCGUUUAUUAGCCGAAGGGUGGGAUUGGCCUAAAAACCUCUAUUGAAUGUUUUUGAUAGUAAUCCCACAAUUUGGCGAGCCUUUUUUUGGAUGGUCGAAUAAGUAGAUUACAAGCAAUAGAUUCAGUAUACGCCAAUGAAAAACUGCUGAAGCCUCGUGUGUAGUAGAGACGCAAUUAAUUUUGCCUUAUUCUUAAGGUUCGGCCACAAGUCAACCGCAAAUUGUCUCCUGAUCAAAUCGAACAUGACCCCCUUCAAAAGACUCCCCCUCCAAUUACAACCCAACAAAUCCGAAGACGACUCAUAA